AUGUCCAGUUUGUGGAAACUCAAACGAACCAUUCCACUGGCACCAGCAAAAAGCUCUGGAACGCCCCUGUAUUUUGUACAGUGCAUUGGUAAAGCACUGCUACAGCCCAGCUCAGAAGUAGCCAGACAACAACACAGCAAGACAGACUCCAAAUCAAGUGAGAAGGAAACAGGUAGGGGAUCAUGAUGUCAGAGGCACUAAACUGCAAAUAUAUAGCCAUGUCUCUUCCUCUGAUAUUCUUUUGUUAUGCAGAUAAGAUAUACUAUCAGAAGCAGGUCAGCAUGCUUAAAGCCAUCCUCAAAGCAUGA